UGUCACUUGUUUAUCUCUAUCCUGCAUCUUCAAUCUGGCCCAUAGUGUGUGAUCCUGCCCGCGAGUCUAAUGUGGCGGUCCAUGUCGCGUGUAUGACGGUCUCCUGAAGUGUCUGGCUUCCCCAUCAACAGCCUCUAUUUCCCAUAGCCAUGCAGGCCUCUCACGAUGCGCCGAGUUAUGUGCGUAGGCAUGCGCCGCAGAUCUCGAUAUCGGACGACAACCACCAUGUCACAGAGGCCAUCGGAGGCAUGUACGGCGGCGACGACGACGAUUACUUGACACCCUCGAACCGCAACUCGCGACCGCUCAGCUUCGUGGGCUCUGCCAUCGAAGCCUACCAACUCUCCCCCUCGUAUCUCGAUACCAAGCGCGCCUCACCGCCACGAUCUCCCCUCCAACAGACUGGCAGCAACGAGAAACUGCCCUCGUCCGACACGGUCACGCGCAAGGGGAGUCUCGGUGCCGAAAACCUCCCUCUGGAUCCGUCCUCUCCACCGACCUUGUCUAGGAACUCUUCGUCAUCCGCUGAGACGGCAACACAGCAGUUUCCACUGAACGACAUUGACUAUGAGUCGAGUCCUGCUGCUGUGGCCCAGGAGCUCAACAACCUUCAGGCCAUUCGACGCAUGUCCAUGAGUGUCGACAAUGCAGAUCCGGACCUACCCAGUUUCGUUCCCUCUGCUUCCACCUCUCCUGAGGCUUCUGACGAUGAUGAAGCCUCACGCCUGUUCUGGGUACCAGCACGCCUCCAUCCCGAACUCGCCCCUAAGGAAUUCAAGACGUUUGUCGAGGAUCGUGUUGAUCGCAUAAGGAAGCGCUCGGGCUCUGGCGACUCUCUGAUGCCCGGUGUGGAGAGAUCAAACUCCGGUAGCAGUCUCACAAGGAAAAAGAGCAUGCUUUCACGCCAGAUUGAUUCGUCCAAGGGUUACGAAGAUGGUGCAGAACGCUUGCAAAGAAAGCGAUCAGAGAAGGAACACUCACAAACAUCGCCAACCGCCGAGAAUCUACAAGAGCUGGAAGGUCUGGUCAACAACGUUACUCUGGAUUCCACUAGGAACAGUCUCGACUCGGCCAUCUCAAUGGCAGAGGCACCGGUAUUGCCUGCUCCAGGUCCAACGCUCAAGCGAUCCACGCGAACCUAUAUGCGCAAGGAUCGUGCACCUUUCUCCAGACGAGCUCUCAGCCGUCAGUCCGACCACAGCAAACAUUCAGAGUCCGACGGCGAGGGGGGUCGUGCUCCUUCGCCCUCCCUAUCUUUACGAGAGCCUCCUUCUCCGGGAAUUACGCGCGUGCAGACAGAGCCAGGCUUUGCUCGUGAAGCAGCUACUACCAGUGGUGCAGGACGUUUGACCUCUGCUUCCUCCGAAGAUUUAGUCGAACACAAGUCAAAGGCUAGCCCAGCAAAGGAAACUGCUGCUCAAAACACUGCUCCCGUGACCACAUUCCACUCACGAAUCGCUACUAACGGUCGUACCACUGCCCCGAUACCUGGAGCUAGCAGCCCGAUUCCGCAGAUAGUCGAGACUCCUCCGCCGGCGAACAACUUCACCGUGCCAGAGAGAAAAUCAUCACACAUACCGCCGUCUCAGCAGCAGCCGCAGCAGCAUUCAUCCUCACCUUCUACGCAUGGGCCGUCGCAACAGCAUGCCGCUCCUCCUCGUGCCCGUCCCAGUGCGAGAGGCGCGCACUCCAGACCCGGUCUCGUCCAUUCAAAUUCAUCUCGUUCAACCUCUGCGAAAUCCACUCUGGAAGACAUAUCAUCCCACCCCUCGCCCCUACCUGGUAGUGGCAAUACGCGAACCGAUGCGCUCACAAUGGUACCAACCUACGAAGAGAAGAAGGUCGAAAAGAAAGACAGUCGGAAAACAAGCUGGAAUUGGCUUCUCGGUAGUGAGGAGAAGGAUAGAGAAAAAGAACGCAAGAUUGAGGACAAAGAGCGCGAGAAGGAGGCUUCCAAGAAGUCAAAGGCCGCUGCUAAACAACAUCCCAAGCCUGCGGAGAAGACUCGACUUGAUGUGCUGCAGUCUUCCAUCGACGGGAAUGCCACUGUCCCCAAAGGUCGAGAGUCAAUCGUGCUUGACCGGGAUAGCUUUAAACUUGAGGAAGAACGUAAGAGAGAAAGCUCGCGGAAGUCCGCAGAUGGCAGAAAAGACAAAGACACCGGCAUUCUCUCUGCCAUUUUUGGAGGAGGUAAGCGGUCAAAGGAGCAAAAGCAACAACAGCAAGCCCCCAAAGAGUCUCUCAGAGCGCCCUCUCCAGAACCUGCUCCCAGGAUACUUCGACCAGACAUCGACUACAACUGGACCCGCUUCAGUAUCCUGGAAGAACGUGCUAUAUACAGGAUGGCGCAUAUGAAGCUUGCGAAUCCUAGAAGGCCGUUGCACAGCCAAGUGCUCCUAUCCAACUUCAUGUACAGCUACCUCGCCAAAGUGCAGAUGUAUCAUCCUCAGAGCCAGGCACCUGCAGCACAAAAGACAGCCCAAGCUAGGCAGCAGCAACAACAAGUGCAACAACAAUUGCAACAGCAGCAACAACAAGACGCAGCAGAGGCAGAAGCCGAGGAGAAGCAAGCGCAGGAGUAUAGCAAAUAUCAGGAAUGGUCGGAGGUCAGUAGUCGAAACGACACGCAUGACCGGUAACCACAUGGCUGACAUUCUUAACAGCAACGUAAAUCAGGAGACUAUACUGCCGCCGGCGCUGAACAGCCUCCCACUCAGCCAGCUCACGAAACACCGAACAACAAUUCGAC